GGCGUUCGAUUUUCGUCUCAAAACAAAAUAUUCGACAUCCCUUUGGAAUGUCACAAACUGUGAAGUGAAUGUGUGUGAUUAAAAUAAACAUUGUUAAGAAAACAAUCGACAAUCGGACCUUACGUAUCCACAUGCAAGAUGCGAGAGUCACCUAGGACCGCGGAUAGUUAGUCAGUGUGUUGACAGAUCAGUGGCAAUCACUGAAGAUGAACGAUUACACUUUUUUAUUAGCACUUCAACGUUGAUCGAGUGGCGUAUACAUCGACACGGUGUCGCCGGUUUUAAUCGAUAUUAAUCUCUGCGAAAGUGGGUAGAGGGAACAAUUUGAUAACGAGACAGGAACGUGCGUUCCUACGUUCCAUUACACAGAAGAAGAUAGAGAAAAAACACGGACGCUUCUCGAGAGGGCGAGAGCAUUUUCAAUUCCGCAGAUGACGCAUACCGUCGAUUCAAAGUCUGGGCGAACUAAAAAGUAACCAACAAUGUACAUACAAUACAAUUUCUAAAAACGAAUAUGGAUAAAAACAAGAAAAAAAAUCACGCCAAUGGAAAGAAUAAGAAGAAUGGGAAGACAGAUAGUUACAAAGUCGACGACGAAAUAACAACAACAUGCUGCUUUUGCGUCAAAACGAAAAGGAGUAAAAAGAAGACGCUCAUAGCAGGAUGUAUCACAAAUCUUGGCAUUUUUGUUCUACUGAUUGCGUACACUCUAGUUGGUGCUUUCAUAUUUUUGGCUAUAGAAGGAAGUGCGGCUAAAAUACACCAAAAGACUCUUGCGACAACAUCUUAUCAAGCAAACGAGAGUCCAAAAGUGCCAAGUGCUAAACUAAAUGGCAGCAUAUCCCAAGCCAGUGCGGAGUUACGAUCGCAAACGGUGGAAAGCAUUUGGGAGAUCACGGUGUCUUUAAAUAUAUUGUAUAAAGAAAACUGGACCAGAUUGGCUGCGCAAGAAAUAGCACGAUUUCAAGAAAAGUUAGUAGCGCGUGUGGCAGCUGAUGUGUCAUCUCAAUAUGGUGGCGCUAGAGCAUUAGAAUCGGCACCAGCAUUAGUAGUCGAUGACUAUGAAUGGAACUUUGCUAAAGCAUUUCUUUACUCUCUCACUGUCUUAACUACCAUAGGAUACGGAAGUGUAGCUCCUAAAACAGCACUAGGGAAGGCAGUUACUAUUGGAUAUGCCGUCAUCGGUAUUCCGCUUACUCUUCUCUAUUUGUCUGUUGUAGGAGCAUUAUUAUCAAGAUUAGCCAGAAGCGUAUUUAGUAGAGCUUUGUGUUGUUGUCUUUGCACAAAAUGUGGAUACUGCUGUCUCGACGAAAGAACAAUGGCCACCAAGGAACGGAAAGAGAAAGUCAGGAGACAUGAUGAUUAUAGGAAUCAGACACUGCACCUACAAGAACCAUACUACGUCCGGUCUCCGUCUGGCACAAUUAUAUCAGCGUCCCAAGCGCACAGUGUCAGUACGAAUUCUAUGAAAGACAAAACUCCUGGCCUUGGUUUCCUCAGAGACUGUGAUUCUAUGAGUUGCACAGAUACAGAUUCAAAAAUUUCACUACGGGGUUUUUCGAUCCUCGCUCCGGUUAGUCUUUGCCUCGGCGCUAUAUUUACAUACAUCUUCUUUGGUGCCCUCGUUUUAUAUCAACUCGAAGGCUGGAGUCCCAUAGACGGUGUUUAUUUCUGCUUCAUGAGUCUUAGCACGAUAGGUUUCGGUCAUUUAGCUCCUGGCGCUACUCAAAAGAACGGGGCGUCGACUGGUACCGUUUGGUUUUGCUCAAUUUACAUAAUGACUGGGCUCGCUUUGACCGCGAUGUGCUUCAAUGUUCUACACGACGAAAUCGUUCAUCGCUUGAGGCAUCACGAGAAAGGAAUCAAGACGAAUACUCAAAAGGUACUGACUUCAGAGUUUCUUCAUAGGUCUUGACGUGACGAUAGCGGGAAUUUGACUGACGAUACGAUGAUACAUUCUGAAGGGGAAUCUUUGCCAGAAGUUCUCAAUCAUGUUUCUGGUUCGAGGUGUGACGGCGGAGCAAUACGUCGUUCUGUUUACACGCUUCGUGAAGAAAAGGAACCAGAGAUGACCCCUAUGUAAUAACUAAACCUAGGCGUUUAUUAGUGAGUCUAAUGUGCAGAAACUCUUUAUGAUAUAAUUUUAUUUAGUUAGAAAAUAUUUUGCAAAUAAAACGGUAAUAUUCCAUUUUUGUCAGCAUACUAAAAUAAUCAAAUAAAACUUUAAAAAUAUCACUAAACUCGGCAAAUUCAUUUUAAUCAUGCCAUUCGUCAUUUUAAUUGGAUCUUGUAAGUUAUUUGCGUAACAUGUUAUUUUUUGUUUUGGUAAAUUUUGUAGAUAAAAAUAGGUGUGAUCUAAUAUUGUAAUGGGAAUCAUAAAAAAUACCUAAGAAGUAAUGAAAUGACUGACCAUAUUUGUUAAUUAUUUAAAUAGUUAUAUAAUCAGUAUCUGUAACGUAUAAGAGACCUUUAGUGUAUGAUAUUAUAGAUAGUAAGUGGUUUAGAAAACAAAUUUACAAUAGGUACGGAUCGAGUUUUAAUUAUUAUUUUCAAAGAAAUCAUUUCAAUUUAAUCUCUGAAAAUCAUGAAAGACACAUAAAAGUGUCUACGAAGAAAAGAGUGGCGUUAAAGAUAAGAAGCGAAACCCGGACCUAUGUAGAAGAAGAUCAUGUAAAACCGUGAAUGUAGGUAGCAUGAUGAAUGAAUUUGUUUAGAGCUGUGUUUUUGAGUGUCAAAAAAUUAGCAAAGAUUUAAUCUUUGUCAUUUAGUAGGUAAUAGAUCUUUUAUGAAGAAUGUAAAAAGGUGUGUACAAUAAAAUUGUAAAGUAAACAUUGUUAAUCCUCAAAAAGUGUUCCGGUCUUUUUUUGUAAUAUUUAACUUGGCAUAAAAACAUUAUACUUCUGUUUUUUUUUAUUUUUGAAGCAUGUAACUGCUUGAUGUUUAAAACUAAAGAAAAUAUAACUAGAAAAAAUCCACGCGAACCAGGCAGCAGACGGGACUCGAACCCGCACCCUUCGCUAUCUGGGCGAAUGCACUGAACAAUUAUGCUACCGCGGCCCUGAUGGCCACGUCGGAAUUCUUCUACACUUCCAUAAUACACUUCUUUAUUUGUGUAGUCGUGUAAAAAUCUCAAAUAAUGUAUGGGGCUUUACAAUGAUUAAAUAUUUGUGCAGAAUAUAUUUUCAUUUCAUGAAAGAUUGUAAUUUGAUUCUAAAACGUGGUUUAAAUCAGCAUAUUUACAUACUACAUGAAUCAGCUUAUUGUACCAGUCAUUAUUUUUAAAGAUUUUUAUUUUCAUAACAAUUUUAAUCUUACCUAUUUGAAACAGUUGUUAGUACAGGGUUUGCAAGGUUUGAGCUUACUUUUGAUUUUAUCUAUGUCCAAAAAAAUUAUUUGAUUUCAAAAUAUAUAGUUUUCUAUUACAAAAUGAGAUGUUUUCAGCUAACUUAAUAUUAUUCUGCUAAUUUCGUGAUGUAGUAGGCUACAAUUUUGGUUACAUUCUGAAAGAAGUUUUAGCAUUUGUAAGCUUACUUAUACUUUAACGAAAGAAGGUUUGUAUCACACACGGUCCAACGUUCUCUUAGUAGCAGCCUAGCAAACAGAAAAGAAAUAAAUAUUAAAACUGAACAAGACCGAUGAUUAUGGAACCCACACCAUACUCAAUGAAAUGUUAUUAUUUAAAAAAGUGGUAAAAAAGAACAAGACAAUGAUAUACUUAAAUGGUAAAUGUGAAAUUGUGUAUGUUUGGUUAAAUAAGAUACAUAACACAAAAUUGACAGUACAAUCUCAUGUAUUUUUUUAUCUAGCUCGGCGGUCGCACUAGGAUUGUCAACUUUGACUUAUGCACAAAAAAUAUCGUGGUGCCAUUAGCACUCGUAUCUACUCGUAGUUGUUUGAUUUAUUGUCGAGAUUAAAACAGAAGACGGGAAAUAUAAACCCAUCAUAAAUAUUUCAAUUUUGAUGUUGUUUUUAUAUUGAGAAUUAAAUAAAAACGACAGUUCACCCUUUAAUUUUAAAUUUAAACUACCACAGUAAAUUCAAAGGAUUUUUUCAGGGAAUUCAAGCGGAUGGAACUCUCCCUUGCAGUGGUCCUAACUGGUCCGAGAUAUCGUGUCCGUCCGUGUCUAUGUGUGCGUUGCACGAGCGCAUUGUACUAUCCAUUUUGUGUUACAUAAUGAGACUAGUUUACAAUAUGCCAAAUUAAAAUUGUGUAAGUAUGUACACUGUACACAUAGUUUUAUCGUGUUAACUAUGUACGUAUUAAUGAAUAUCAUGUAUGAUAACCGUGAAGUUCUUGAAGAACUUAAGUGUUUUCGUAUGCUCAAAAUGUGUAAAAAAAUACCCAAAUGAAAGUAUAUUAUGUUAGGCAUAGAUAUUUAUAUGAAUUAGGGAAUUUGUCACGACCCCAACACGGCAUUGAAGUUAUUGUUACUUUUGAGAAACAUAAAUAGCCUCUUAUGAAUGAAGAAAGAAAGUUGUAUUGUAUACAUACAUAUUUCAAAUGUUUUGUUCGCCAAACAAUGGAAGCAUAUUAAGUCAGUGAAAACGUAGGAGCUGUAUAUUUUAACAAUCGAUAAAAUCUAUGUGUAGCGUAAGUCGUCUUCUCGUGUCCUUUUUUUUCAUGUCUGGAAAACGCGUGUAAAACCAUACAAUACUCCUGCACCGGCUACUCGAUACGCACUCCGAGGACCGAGGUACUCCCAAUGCGUGUCGAGAGUGCGGGCAAAGCUGUGGUGGUACCCCGCUAGGACUGGCCACAUACUCGCCCGCUGGCAAUUGUCCGCCAGCGGCUUUGCGAAAAAAAGAUUUUUCCGUUACGAAACAAGUGACGGUUGUGACCGUCACUUGUUUCGUAACGUAUUUUGUGUAGUUGUGUACUUAUACUUAUGUUUAUUUUCAACUUCGUUCAAACCGAGUGUUCCAUGACACUCACGUUUGCUUUUUUUUUCUCACUUGUAUUUGCUGUUGCGACUAAAAUGGAGUACGUAGUACGAGUACUCUAGUAGAAGUUGUUUCAAUUACUAAGCCCAUUAACAUGCAGUUAAUAUUUACAUCAACAAUAACUUCAUGCUGUGAUUUUUGGAAUUGUCAUAAGAAACUUAUUCUUAAAAAGAAUUGUAAUUAGAUGUUGGUUCGUACCAAGUGUGAAUUUUUACAUCGGAUAAAUUAUUAUGUUUUUUUUUGUAAUGGUCCUAACCAGUGUAAAGUAAUCUUAAUGAAUG